AUGUCGAUUUUCUAUCUUUUGGGGAUCUUAAUCCUAAAGAAAAACAAAUCCUUCAGGAUUAGAUUUCUGUCUUACUGCGGAAUCUCGGAAUCCCUUCGCUUUCUGAGCCAAUUUCAACGUGCGAGCAUUCAGGAGAUGAGUAAAACAUUACGUGUUCUAAAUGCUGUUAGAAGCCCAAAAAAAGGGAUUCCACUAAGCAUACAUCAAUACAAGUUGCUUACACCAUCAGUUCUGAUUGAUCGAUUGGUUAAUGCCCACCAACAUCUCCUGGCACUCAGGAUAUCAUAUUAUCUUGGAAUGAACCAAGCUUGUUCAAGGCUCAAAGUAUCAUCAGCAGUUCCUGAUGCUACUCUCCUUGAAAUUUUACUUGAUAAGUUAAAAUUUUGCAGAAGCAUUUCUUAUGUUGCAGUUGUUGCUCAUACAGACCAGACUAGCAGGAGGAAAUUAGCUGCUAUGCUUGUUGAACAUGAACCUCUCUCAUCAAAGCAGGUUUCUCUGUUACUAGGCAUUGGAGAAGAAGAUACAACCCUGACUAAGGCAACUGAAAGUGGCGAUACUGAUCUUGUUUAUCUUGUUCUCUUUCAUAUAUGGAAGAAGAGACCAGCAUUGGAAUUAUUUGCAAUGAUACAAGCUAGACCUAUUGCACGCGAUCUAUUCAUACGUUAUGCAAGGUGCUAUAAGCAUGAGUUUCUCAAGGAUUUCUUUCUUUCUACUGGUCAACUUCGUGUCUUGUUGAUGUGCGUAGUGUCAAACAAUGUAGCUCGGAUUUUGUGA